UUAAUUUAUUUAAGUGCACCUCCAUUCCAAGGCAGUAGUGUCCAAUUCAAAGGCAGGGCAUCUCUGCUUUUUGUUCCUCUCUCUCUCUCUUCACAAUUUUUUUCCAUUUUUGGCAUCAGAAUCCCCUCAAUUUCUCAACCAUGGGAAACAUGAAACCCUCCCUUCAAUCCUCUCUUAAUGCAAAAAUCUUGGGUUCAGGAGAGAGAACCCUCAUUCUCUCUAAUGGCUUUGGAAGUAACCAGGCCAUUUGGCAAUACAUUCUCCCUCAUCUCCUGCAAAAUCACAGAGUGGUUGUCUAUGAUAUGGUUGGGUGUGGACAUGUGGACCCAAAACUCUAUGAUGAAGAGAUAUACUCCUCUCUUGAAGCUUUUUCAGAUGAUCUUCUCUCUCUCCUCGAGGAGCUUGGUGUUCAAAACUGUGUUUUUUUGGGUCAUUCCAUGUCUGGCAUGAUAGGUUGCUUUGCUGCCAUUAAAAGACCAGAGAUUUUUCAGAGUCUGAUACUCCUUGGCGCUUCUCCAAGGUAUUUGAAUUCAGAGGGCUAUGAAGGUGGGUUUGAGAGGUCUGAAUUGGAGUCUUUAUUUAAAAGCAUGGAAUCUGAUUAUACCGCAUGGACUGAAACCUUUGCUCCGUAUGUGUUGGGAUCAGAAGACCCCAUUUUAGUGAGAGGAUUCAAUGACAGUUUAAAGAGUAUGAAGCCUGAGAUUGCAGUCUCUAUUUUGAAGACUGUGUUUUUGAGUGAUUAUAGAGAUAUUUUGCCAAAGUUGAAGGUGCCUUGUGUUUUGAUUCAAACAAGGGAGGAUCGUGCUGUUCCAAUGUUUGUUGCAGAGUAUUUGAAGAGGGAGCUUGGAGGGAAAGCUUCACUGGAGGUCCUUGAUGUUGAGGGCCAUGUCCCUCACGUCACUGCCCCUUCUUUGUUGAUUAGUGCCCUAGACACAGUAUUGCCUCAUGCUUAUGGUGAAGCUGAAGCAUUGGUCUUAUGAUGAGAUGCUCUCUCUCUCUCUCUGCAUGGUGAAGAAAGACAAUUCUCUCUCUCUCUCCACCCCUCUCUCUCUUGCCUGGCUCUCUCUAUCUCUCCCUCUCCCUCUCUCUCUGCAUGGUGAAGAAAGACAAUUCUCUCUCUCUCCACCCCUCUCUUUCUCUCUCUUGCAUGGCUCGCUUUAUCUCUCUUGCAUUCGCUCUCUUUCUCUCUCUCUUGCAUGGUCCUUUCUCUCUCUUAUGCACGAUUGUGAUUUGGGCUUGGUUUUCUUAUCUCCCUCUCUCUACCCACUCCCUCCCUCCUCUCUCUCUCUACUCCCUCUCUCUCUCUCUCCAUGCAUGGUGAAGAAAGACAACCACAAAAUUGGUUCUAUUUUGUGAUUUGGGUUUGGUUCUCUCUCUUAGUCUUGAUUUUCUCUCCCUCUCUCUACCCCACUCUCUCUGUGGUUCUUUAUUUUAGUGAUUAGGGCUUGUUUGUCGCUCUUGAUAACCAUGCAUGGGUAGGAAGCAAACAAAUAUAUUAUGGACUUUUGAGUUUUGACUGGACUAGUCUUGAAUUGGGUUUUGUUGUUAUAUGGAGUUGUGUAAGUUUUAUUUGAGACAUAAAUGUUCUUGCAAAUGUUUGUUAUAUUUGGAAGGGACCACGUGGCUUUGAAGGAGAAUUAUAGGGCUGUUGAGUUUGGGAUGUUUGAUUAUGUAAUAUGUAUGAUGGGAUUGUAUAUAAGGAAUUUUGACUUUGGUCAACGAAACAAA